AUGGCACAAUUACAGCAUAUUCUAGAGGCCAGUUCCGUGUAUGCAGCCUUCUUCGACAACCCUGCCCUCCGAGUAGUACUGGAAGAGCAUCGCUCUGCUCGCAACCGCAUUCUUGAAAAGACAGGACCUGUUGCCAAGGGACCCAACAUGCUGCAGAGACGCAUUGCUACGACCGCCAGUUCCUGGGGAAGUAACCUGCCAGUAGCGAAUUGUAAUGACGCUCUCUCCAUUAUAAAUGUCAAGAUCGGAGGUCAAUUGCUGCCAGUAAUGAUUGACACUAGCGUCUCGGACACAUGGGUCGAGUCCUCUCGUUGUGACGAGACGUGCAAAUCUUCCAGUGACAGUCGAUACGACGCCUCCCAAUCAUCUACUUUCCGACCAGUGGAUGCAGCUAGAUCCGACUUUCAAUAUGAGUACCUUGAUGGCGCCAUCAAAGGUACUCAUGCAUACGAGACUCUUACACUGGGAAAUAUCGAAGUCCGUAACCAAGUUUUCGCCCAGGCUUCAUCCACGGUGAACUGGGAAAACUUGUGCGACGAAGUCGGAUUGCUGGGACUUGGCUUCAGUGAUGCCUCUAGCCAAGACUUUCCUGCCCUUCUCAGCAAUUUAGAAGAUCAACAAAUUACCAUGUUCUCUCUGUAUUUAGCCGAUCAUAACGACUACCAGCUUUAUAUGAACCAAUCAACCCAGCGUGAAGAAGCAAUUCCUCAGCAGCCACCAACGUCUACCGCAUCGGAGCUCACCUUUGGCGGAGUGAACCCCCAGCGAUACAUAAACUGUCUAAUAUGGCAUGAACUCGGUCAGUUCCAAGAGAAGGGAACCUGGAGUUUUGCUCUGGACGGAAUCAAGAUUGGGUCGACAGAAGUACCCUCUUCCAGUCUAGCAACGGUGGACUCCGCUACCGCUGGUAUCAGCGGCCCACAAGAAACGGUAGGGCGUAUCGCAAAGAAGCUCGGUGUUGUUUGUAAAGUCUUUACCGAUGAGGAGGGAGACUUCGAAGAGGUUCCAUGCGAUGAUCCAUUUGGUUUUGAUCUUGCUGUUGCUUAUUGUUCUCAAAUUGACUCUAUGCCGUCAUUGACAUUUGUUGCUGAUGGAUAUUCAUACACCUUGACUUCUUCAGAGCUCUUUAGCGAAUCGUAUAUUGAAAACGGUCAAGCAGUUUGUGUUCUCAACAUGGACGGGGUUCUUGAAUAUCCUGGGUGGCGACUCGGUAUGGGCUUUUUGCGCAAGUACUACACUGUAUUUGACUUCGGCCGAAAACGACUUGGGUUUGCCGAGGCCACCGCUCAAAGCUCAACAUUUUGCCAAGCGGAUUCGAAAUACUUUAUUGGUUACAUUCCAGACGAAACCCUCUACACCACAGAUCCAACCCAAAGUCCAACUUCUCACGACAUCCCGACUCCCAAUGAUGCUUCUGCCGUGCUGUCAGGACUUCGUUUCUUUUUCCGGAUGUUGUUUGCUGGAUUUUUCGUUGUUGGGAUUUGCCUUGCUGGGGCGAUGAUCGGGCACCGUCAAGCUCGAGCACCGACACACGGGCAUUCCCCUGUAAGGACCACUGAUCCAGACGAGGAAGUUGCAAAAACUUCGAUGACUCGUGAAGUUGAGCUUCCACCUUUGACACAGUAG